UUCCGUUUAUUGUAUCCGUCGGAAUCUGUAACGGAGACAAAUGCAUCACACUAACGGAUUUUGCUUGGGGUAUAUCUGAGUAAAUGUCUGUACUCUUAUCUUAUAUUUUUAACACUCAUGCAGCUAGUCCUAUUAUCAAGGUGAUCAACUAUAAAGUCCGGUAAUAUGGUUUCCUACAAGAUUACGGUGAAAACUGGAGACAAAAAGGGAGCUGGGACCGAUGCUAAUGUUUAUAUUAUACUUCAUGGAAAAGGCAUCCAGACAAUCAAGUACACUCUUGAUACAUUUUUUAAAAAUGAUUUCGAAAGAGGUAAUAUUGAUAACUAUUCUGUUGAUUUUGACGUAAACAUACCAGAAGUACAAAGAAUUGAGCUGUGGCGAGACGCAUAUGGUUUGUUCAGUAACUGGUAUUUAGAUUGGAUUGAAGUAACUAACUUGGCAACCAACAUCACAACAAUAUUCCCAGCAAUGAAAUGGAUCAAAGAGAACCAGCGUUACUUCUUCAAUCACAUAGACACAUGUUUACCACAAGACGAUCCGUUCAAAGAGGAGAGAAUGUUCGAGCUUCAGAACAUGCAGAGAGAUUACCAGAUUCAAGUUAAGGUACCUGGAUUACCUGCCCAGGUAAAAGAGCUACCAGACGAUGAGAGAUUCUCGUUUGAUUAUCAAUUUAACAUAGGUCUGAAAGGCAAAAUUUACCAGGUAGAGGGUCAGAGAUUGGUGAUGGUGAGCGGCAGUGAGUGGAAAGAUGUUGAAGACGUGAAAUCUGUGUAUACUCCAGUGUUUGGAAUACCACAGGGUUCUAAAACCUUCAAUGAUGAUGCUGCAUUUGGACGUCAGAGGUUGAACGGUUUGAAUCCUUCAAUAUUGAAUCUCUGUACCAACAUUCCUGAAUGUUUUGGAGUGACUGAAACAAUGGUUAAACCAUUCUUAGAAUGCAAGACAAUGAAACAAGCCAUGGACGCUAAAAGGCUGUUUAUCAUAGACUUGGCAAUAUUAGAAGGCUGUCCAACUACAGGGGAAAACAUUAUGACCUGUCCAUUUGCUCUAUUUUAUUUUAACGACGCCAAAUGUCUUAUGCCAAUAGCCAUACAGCUAUUUCAGAAAAAAGGACAAUGUAAUCCGGUUUUCUUACCAUCAGAUCCAACUUACACGUGGAUGUUGGCAAAGAUGUGGUAUAGCCUAGCUGAUUCUACAUAUCACCAAUCUCUUACUCAUCUAAAUUUUACUCAUUUGAUGAUGGAAGGAAUAAGUCUCGCAGCCAAGAGAAACCUAGCGCCAGCACAUCCAAUUAUGAAAUUACUUAAUCCACAUUUCUUAUAUCUCAUGGCUAUAAAUAGUUUGGCACUUGGCACAUUGAUUAAUCCUGGUGGAGCAAUAGACAAAAUUUCAAGUGCAGGUAUCAACGGCCACUUUCACAUAAUGAAAAAGAGUAUGGCUUUCUGGAGAUUGGAUAUACAUGGUACUCUUCCAGAGGAUUUGAAGAAGCGAGGGGUAUUUGAUCAGUCUGUACUGAACGGAGCCUAUCAUAUGAGAGAUGAUGCUCUGUUGUUAUAUGAUGCCAUCAGAACCUACGUAAGGAAAUACGUAGGGCACUACUAUUCCGCACACAAUUCUUUGACGAUGGAUUACGAACUACAAAAAUGGGGUGCAGAACUUGUAAAAUCAAGGGAUGAAGGCGGUAUUGGAAUCUUGGGAGUCCCAAAUAACGGUAAAUUUUUAGCAACAGACCAACUUGUCCUAGCAUUGACAGCUAUUAUCUACACGUGCAGUGUUGGUCAUGCCGCAGCCAACUUCCAACAAUUCGAUGAAUAUGGUGCUCCAUUUCAUUACCCAUACUUUCUGUCUGGAUGUCCUCCUAAAGAUAAGUGUCCAGUUACUAUAGAAACUGUCCUUGGGUCUAUUGCAAACCGAAUCAAGCUUCUAGAGACGAUGACCAUCAAUAAGGUUCUCAGUGAGAAAGCAACACAAAGUCUGGGUGAUUUUGAGAAACAAUUGAUAGUGGAUCCACCAGCAAUGAAAAUUGUUGAAGAGUUUCAGCAGAAUUUACGGGAGAUUGGUAAAACCAUUGACGAAAGAAACAAAGAACGGAAACAUCCUUAUGAUGAGCUUCUACCAUCGGCAAUCCCAAAUGCCAUAAGCAUUUAGACAUCCAAUCAAUUAUUUAAGUUUUUUUCUAAUAGCCAUUAUAGUUCAUGUAUACACAGGCAUAAUUGAGAGCUUUCUAAUAUAGUGUAGUCAUUACGCUUUAGUUCGCCUUUAUAUACUAGAUAAAAACUGCUAUGUUUGUUAUAUUUGUAACUGAGAUGAUAAGUUGAGUUGAACUUUGUAAGUUCUUAUUUCUAUUAUUUUGUUAAGUGUCAACCACAGCGUAGUCUUUGUAAAGCAGUCGAAACAAUUGGCAUUCUUAUAUAUCUAAGGUUCUAGAAAAAGUUUCUGACAAAUAUAUCGAACUCCAAGAAAAACAAUUAAAAAAGGGGAGGGGCAUUAAAAUACAAAAUCAAACCUUAGACUCUGGUUACUAACGGAGCAGAAGGAGAACAUCUGUAAUAUUCCUGACUUGAUGCAGGUAAUUCUUAAGAACAUUCCAGACGAUUGGAAACCUACUCCAAGGUUCAAUAAUAUCUGGUGGGAGAAUACCAGUUACACACCAGCUGAUCAUUAGUUUCCAGAAACUUCACAAAUGCUUUAUGCGAUAUUAUUUCGUAUUUUUUACCUUUGUGUUAUGCUUUAUCUUGGGCCGCUAAUAUGUAUUUAAUUAUUUUUCCAUAUAACACUGAAAAAUGUUUAAUUGUAGUACAUAAACAUUAAAAUACCUAUAACUUGUUGUGAAUUUUGUUUCAGUGUAGACCUUGUUACAUUUCGGUUAUAUUUUACCUAUAGACCCCUCAAACAGUUAUUUAAGGGUCAUUUCACCAAAAAAACCACUCAAACAGAUAAUUUAGAAUUCAUUUAAAAUACAGACCCCUAAAAAGUUAUAUUUUAAGUCAUUUUACCUACAGACCCCUCAAACAGUAAGUCAUUUUACAUAUAAACCCCUCAAAAAGUUAUUUCAAAAGUCAUUUUACAUACGGACCCAUCAAGCAGGAAGUCAUUUUACCUACAGACCCCUCAAACAAAUAUUUGAUAAAUAAUUUUUACACACCAAUUUAAACGGUAUUAAUGAAUGUAAGUUUACCUACAGAUCAAACAUUUAUUUCAAACAUAAUUUUACCUUAGAUAGUUAUUUCCAAAUGGAAGCCACGGGUUUUGCUUUUACCCGACGUUUAUAUAUGGCUAUGUUUACAAAUUUGGCUAAUUUUUUUAUUAUAGUUCGUUUCUGGGCGUGUUUCUGCUGUGACGUUGUUCUCUUAUAUUUGAUGUGUUUCCCUCAGAUUAAAUUUGGUAACAUGAAUUGGGUUAUUUUUCUUAAUCGAUUUAUGAACUUCGAACAGCGGUAUACUACUGUUGCUUUUAUUUAGGUUUAGCAACCCAUCCCCUUUUCACGAUUUUUUUUUAAUUUACGGAUGUGUAUGCGUUUUGUUUAAAACUAUGAGGUCAUAUUAUGCUCAUUUGGGUGUGUUCUUUAGCAAGCCGGGGAGGUCCAGCUAGACAGUGAAAUAACAAACAAAAGAUAGCAACUAGAACACUGGUCUAAGCUCAUCCAGCCAUUCUUUGAUUUUCUACAACAAUGGACACAUGGCGGGACUAUAGAGUGUCAUAACUUUUAAAAAAAUAAUAAUCAGUUUACCAAUCCUCUUUACUGGCAGAAGAUCACGCAUUCGUCUUAACUAGCAGAAGUUAACUCACUCGAAGAUUAAUGGAAAAAAAUGCCAUUCAUGCUACAAAAUAUAUAUAUAAUAUAUUCAGGAUGUAUGAUAAUUAGUUACUUUAACUCUAAAUUAUCCUAUUAAGUAACAGAUUUUUUGCGGUGUUUCAAUUUGUCAAAAAUCAAUGUUUGUGCCGAUAAAAACAAUAUUUAAAUAUUUUACUAAUGUGUGAGAAUAAUCACCUUUAUGAAUAUUUUUUUUACAAACUAUAAGUAUCAAUGAGUCGUAUCUAUGGUAAGGGCUCUAUCAAUAAAAACAACAGAAGUAUACCAGUGUUCAAAAUUCAUGAAUCGAUAAAGAGAAAACAUAUCCGGCUUAAAAACUAAAACCGAGGAAAACACAUCAACAAUACGAAGAAAACAUAGGAUAUAACAGCCCUUACCGUCAAUAUCGAUAUACAUAAGCGAUCAAACAUGUUUAUAAACUAUCAAUAACAAAGCAAUAUUCCCAUUUGCAUUGAAAGUCUAUAUAUUGAUUGAGUAUGUU